AUGCAGCGCGAGCACCAUCAGCAGCAGCAGCAGCAGCAGCAGCAGCAGGGCCAGGCGCACUCGCCGGCGAGCCUGCAAGCUUGGCUCGAACAGGGCCGGAACGGCGACGGGCAGCCAGCGUGGUUCCAGGCCCAGGCCGGCCAACCGAACCCGGUCGACUAUCAGCACUUUCACACUUACCAGGCGAACCGGCUCCAAUCUCCGCAGCCGACUGAGCUGGGUCACUUUUCGUAUCAGUCGCAAGGCCAGCAGCAGCAGCAACAGCAACCGCAGCACCAGCAGCAACAUGCACAGCACCAGCAUCAGCAGCACCAUCAUCAGCAGCUAUUUUCGCAGCAGCAGCCUCAGCCAGGGCUGCAUUUCGCGUCGCACUCGCCGCAGCCCGGGCUCUCGCACGAAGACCAGCAGUACCAGCAGCACCUCUACCAGCAGCAGCAGCAGCAGCAGCAGCAGCAGCGGCAGCGCGAACAGCAAGCCCUGCCCGUCGGCACCACGUUUGAAGGCACUGCAUUUGAUUCCGUUGUGCAGUCGUUCAUGAAUCAGUCCGGGCCGUCGUCCGCCCAGGCUGGCGACUUUGCUGCUACCGGCUUGCCCAUGGGCCAGGUCGCACCCGACUCGGCUCCCUGGGCGCGCAACAGCCAUCGCAACGGCUACCCGCCCGAAAUCUCCCACGGUCAGGGACCCGCGCAGAGUUCUGACGCCGACUCGUCGCUGUUUCUGGGUCCUUCAGGCUCAUCGCUGGCCUCUGCACUCGAUUUUGCACCGAGCUUUGAAGCGUCGUCCGGAUACAGUUCCGACCGGGCUGGAGCCUUGCCUUCGCAACAGCAAGCGCAGCAGCAGCAACAACCGCAGCCAAGACAGGAUAUGCAUUCCGCCGGCGCCCAGCACCAGGCAGCGCCUUUAGCGCAGCGGACGGGUUCUGGGCAGAGCGCGGAAGCGGACGUUGCCGUGGUGCCUGGCAAGCAAAGGGUAAGGACGCUUGCAGCGGUCAAAGGUGUGGCGCUAUCCACGCUCAAGCACGACGAGCUCGAGGCCAAGCAGCCACAGAUGGUGGGUCCGGAGACCGACAGCUCCGAGCCCAGCACCCCGCCGCUCCCUGCAAGCCGCAAGGCGGCGGCGCCGUCCGCUGCGACCGGCGUCUCGGCUGCUCCUGCCAAGAAGAAGGCGACCGCUGCCGCCGCCGCUGCUGCCGCCGCGCCUGCAAGGACGGCAGCCAGCGUCAUCCUGUCCAAGGCUCGACCGCUGCUCACGCCGACGCUCGUCGAAAAGGACCCCGUCAACGCUGCGCGCCAGCUCAUCGAGCUGCUGAGCGACGUCGACGAGGACGGCAAGUUCCGCCGCCCCCGAAGCGUGGGCUCGCCACAGCGGAUGGAGAUCCUCCGGAUGAUGAUGAUGGAUGGCGUCUCGGACCGCACGUGCUCUCAAACGUCGCGGCGCAGGUACUACGGGGCCUGGAUCGCCAGCCACUCUGGCCGCAACAUCUUUGCCUCGUGGCUCCGCCAGGCCAUCCCGCCCAAGACGUCGGGCAUCGCCGACCUCAGCGUCGAGUACGGCCGGACGCUGAUGCCCCUCCUGACAAUCCUCAAGCUGUCGCCCGUCACCCUCGACCACCUCAAGGACGAGGCAUCGCUCGGCAAGCUCGUGAUGGCCGUCAGUAAGCGGGCGCGCUCCGUAAUGGCCCGGGAGAUGGCGUCGACGAUCAAGAACGAGUGGAGCGAGCUCGUCAACACUCCGAGCGCCUCUUCGGCGGCCGCGUCCUCGAGCAGCGGCAACAAACGGCCCGCCCCUCCGGCCACCGACGGAUCGCUCGCCGCGGCCAAGAAGGCCAAGCUCAACGGCGCCCCUGCAGCCUCUGCUGCGUCCAAGCAGCCGGGCGCCAACGCACGGGUCCAGGCGGCCGGCGCCACGUCAAAGGCGGCCGGCGUCAAGCCGGGCUUGUCGUUCUUCUCCACCGCCAGUACCAAGCCCGCUGCUGCGCAGGCCAAGCGUCCCGUGACGGUUGCGGGCUCUUCGGUUGCCGCGAAGAAGCCUGCGCCGUCGUCGUCGGCGGCCGGCACCUCGGCUCGCACCGAUGUGAUGAGCUUCAUCGACGCCCUGCACCGUCCCGCGCCCGCCAAGGCCGAUGCGGGCAAGACGGCAGCGCCAGGCGGCGGCAAGGCCAAGGCCAAGAAGACGGUGAGGUGGAAGGACGACUCGGAGCUCGAGGCCAUCAGGCUGAUCGAGGUGGCCAUCUACUUCGACGACAAUGACGAUCUCGAGGCCGAAGAGCGGGCGCACGCCGAGCUCGCGGCCAAGGGCAUCGGGGCGCUGGACCACGAAGAGGGAAGCGCGCUGCGGCACGCGCAUCUCGAGACUGAAGAGGCGAUCGACUGGUAUCCGCCUGCCGAGGUCGCGUUGCCGCGAGGCAAUCCGGAGCGGGGCAGCGAGAGCGUCGAGGCGCAAAAGCAAGAGGAGCGGACGCGCAACGCGCUCAAGGCCGUCUACGAAGAAGGCCAGGCGCCGCCGUCUGCCGACGAGUCGCUGAUUGCGGCUGCACCGCCUGCGGCGGCGGCGACGGCCUCGGCGGCCGAGCUGAGCAGCGAAAGCAAAGGCAUGACUCUCGGCCCGCAGGUCGAGCCCUUUGACGGAGACGAGGACGAGUACGCAUCGAUGGACCUGGACGAGGGCGACGAAGGGGUGGAUGCGCCGGCGAGCCAGAUUGGCGCUGCGAUUGCGGCGGCGGCGGCGUCGACCGGCGGUGGGCUACCCAUUGCUGACUUGUUGGCCAAGCUGUCGGGCGGCAGCGGUGCGGUGGACACGACGCAGGCGCUCCAGCAGGCCGGGCAAGGGCCGCAGGGCAGCGGCGUUCCAGGCGUCUCGGCGAGCUCGACUACGGCGGGGGCGGCGCCUGGUUCGCUCAAGUUUGACGUGAGCAUGCUGCACUCGAUCCUGCAGAACGUCAAGGGCACGGCAGGCGGUGGUGGUGGCGAUGGCGCCAAUGGCGCUGUUGCGGCGCCGAGCGAGGCUGCGGGCAGCGCGCCCGCUGCGCCGUCUGCCAACGUGUCGGCGUUGCUGGCCAGCCUCACGUCUUCGCUGGGCCAGCCACCAGCUUCGGCGACGGCACCAGGCACCGUGGCGCACGCACCGGUCGCCGCGGCGGGGCAGGGCGCGCCGUCGAGCGUGGCGGAAGCGUCAACGUACGGCCUGGGCAGCCAGGCGGGCUACGGGCUGGAAGAGGAGGAUGGGGGCUACUGGUCGCGCAAGUACCGGGACCCUACGGGUGGAAGCCAGCAGCAGCAGCAGCAGCAGCAGCAGCAGCAGCAGCAGCAGGCGUCUUCUGUUGGGUACGACCAACAGCAGCAGUGGAGCAACCGAGGAGGAUUUGGGCCGCAGCAGCAACAGCAGCAGCCGGGAGGCGGCGGUACGGAUGGGUGGCCAGGAUGGAGGCGGGAUGGUGUGGGCCAGCGGGGUGGCUUUGGGCGGCCGGGCAGCAAGCCGUGCCACUUUUGGAGGCAGGGGACGUGCCGCAAGGGCGACAGCUGCACCUUCCGCCACGGCGACUGA